AUAAUAAUUUAUGUGAUACGUAGUUUUACUGUCUAUUACAUUUUUUUAAAAUAAAAAAUAAUAAUAUGAAAAUUAGUCAGAUCGGCCUAUCAAGCCACAUAGACCGUUACUAAUUGGGCCGGACUCAGUUUACCAAUUCAUGAAGCAAACACGCCGAGCCACUAAAGCCCAUUUAUAUGUGUCGGGCCAUCGGGCCGAGACGGGCUGGCCAGAUCUAGACUGAUAAGAAUUGAGUGAAGCUGAAGCACAGUGAAAUUUUCUCCAAUGGAAGAAGAAAGAGAAGAAAACCAAACUCUUCUUCAAUCAUCUUCCUAUCCCUACUACUGGGGCUACACACCAGAAGAACAAUUCUACAAACAACAAAAAAUCACAUCAACAAAAUCAUCAUUCACAACACCAAGAGGCCUUACUCUCUUCACAAGAUCAUGGCUUCCAUCUCUCACAACCCCACCACGCGCUCUCAUUUUCAUGAUCCAUGGCUAUGGCAACGAUAUCUCAUGGACCUUUCAAUCAACUCCAAUCUUCCUUGCUCAAAUGGGUUUCGCUUGUUUCUCUCUUGACCUUCAAGGUCAUGGUCAUUCACAAGGUCUUAAAGCUUUUGUCCCUAGCGUUGACCUUGUUGUACAAGAUUGUCUCUCUUUCUUCAAUUCCAUCAAAAAAGAUGAAAAAUUUAUUCGGUUGCCUUGUUUUCUUUAUGGUGAAUCAAUGGGUGGUGCUAUUUGUCUUUUGAUUCAUUUUGCUGAUCCAAAAGGGUUUCAAGGUGCUAUCUUGGUUGCACCCAUGUGUAAAAUUUCUGAUAAGGUUAAACCCAAAUGGCCUAUUCCUCAGAUUCUUACUUUUUUAGCUAAGUUUUUUCCAACUUUGCCUAUUGUGCCUACUCCUGAUCUUUUGUAUAAGUCUGUGAAAGUUGAUCAUAAGAAGGUUAUUGCUCAAAUGAACCCUUUGAGGUAUAGAGGGAAACCUAGGUUAGGGACUGUGGUGGAGCUUUUGAGGGUUACUGAUAUUUUGAGUAAGAAGCUUUGUGAUGUUGAACUUCCUUUUAUUGUGUUACAUGGUAGUGCUGAUGUUGUUACUGAUCCUGAAGUUAGUAGAGAAUUGUAUGAAGAAGCUAGGAGUGAAGAUAAGACUAUUAGGGUGUUUGAUGGGAUGAUGCAUUCUUUGCUUUUUGGAGAAACUGAUGAGAAUGUUGAAAUUGUUAGGAAUGAUAUUUUGAAGUGGUUGAAUGCUAGAUGCAAGUGAAGAAUAGUUUGUGUGGCUAUAGAUUAACAUGGUUCUUGUGCUGUGAUGAAGUGGAAGAUUUGAAAGGUUGUUUGCAAAUAGUAGUUUUUUAAGUUCUUCAUUGUAUUGCUAUUGGUUCUUGAUUGAUACAUUCCAUGAAAUUCCUCAAUGAGGAUGAAUUAAAUUGAUGGUGUAUAGUAUACACAGUUUUUUUUUAUCAAAGAUAUUAUUCUUGGAAAGACAGGAGGUGUUGUUUUGUACUAAAUUGGUGUGAAUAUUUAAGUUUAUGGUUUGGGACAAAAAAGGGCAUGUUCUGUGUUUUGGGUGAGUGGUUUGUGUUUAGAUAAUAUUGGAAAUGAAUAUGUUCUGUGAUUGCUGUCCUAGAAGAAUCUGAUGCUGAUCUUACUAAUGCUCAUUUGAGACAAAAAGAUGUAGUUUGAGGUUUUGAGUUGAAUGAUUCCUCACAACUUGAAAUCUCACAUAAAAAUCUUA